CCUGGGAUAUUCUGCUAGCAAAGUAGAUGCUCCACUAUGGAGCUAUGGUCCUUCCUGAAAAGAUGGUUUGCAUCAUUCUGGCUUGCUUGGAUGUCCUGCCCUCCUUUUGUGCGACAGAAAACAAUAACGAGAGACCCCCAGGUGGUUCUGGGUGAAAGGGGUGCAGGAUUGUAACGCUUGUUAUAGCUCCCAACUGAACUUCACACCCUUGUUUAAACUGCUGCAAAUUAAUACCUGCCCCCAUUCCAGGCCCAGCUGAUUACUCCUCACAUUUCUGUGGCCUCCUCUCCCGGCUUUUCCCUCCUCUUGCCUGGCUGGGGGGGACGGGGACUGCUUGUGCAAUACCUGGAGACUUCAACACACCCUCUGUGUGUCAUCUUCUGCUGGCUAGGGCGGCUCACUCGCUGCAACAAGCUGCUGCUUGCACAGCCGGGGAUGGGCUUGGAACGUGCAGGAGCUGCCGAAAAGCUCUGCCUCGGGGCUGGGGGCCUGCCGAGACGAGACGGGGCAAGGGCUUGCGCGUGCGGCUCCAGCUCCCAAUUCCACACCUAGGCUAAGUCAGAUCUGUGCCCCUCACACAUCAAGCUGUGCAUGAAGGAGUCGAGUGAGGUGCUGCGGGGCCAGAUGCAGUGCAUGAUGCGGACCCUCCACGACCUGAAGAGGGUGCACGACCGAGACAUCCGACUGGACCCCCAGGAGAUGAGGCCACUCUCCGCCAUGCCUUCCCCAAAGCAGUGUACCAGCCCACGGGUAUCUGCCAUUUCAGAAGCAGACUCUGCCUGUUGCCUGGAGACGGCCGUAGAGGAAGAGGUUGCCUUCUCUCCUCCGAGCAGCGAGCGGAGCUUGGAGUUUGACUCGGGCUAUUCUGAAGUGUCUGGGAGCAGCUGGCGGGAUGAGGAAGGGCCCCCACCCCUGCGAGCCAGCAAGCUUUCCUCGGGGGGCUUUCUGCGCCGCCGGGCACCCGCCAGGAGGCCUAGGCCCAAAUCUGCUUCAGAUGCCUGCUUGGAGCGGUGGCGGGAUGUCGAGCCCACAGACGCCGGGGACUGGACCGUGUCCCUUUUAUCACAGAGCCGCAACCGGCAGCCAUUAGUGCUGGGGGACAAUUGCUUUGCUGACCUGGUUGAGAACUGGAUGGACUUGCCUGAGGAGAGUGGGGAACGGGGGCGGCUGCAGCGCUGGCUGGCUAAGCCCCAUGGCUUCCUGCUCAACUUCUCUGGCAAUGUACGCCGCAGGCUGGCUGGCAUCUCACGCACGGAGCGGGCCAAACAGGACCCCGACGGCACCAAGCGUUUCUCUUGUCCCGCAGGUCUGGGAGGGCGACCUCCAUUACCCUACUUCCACCAGUCCUACGCCAACAUCAGUGAGCUUUCCACAGACUGUAGCAGCUUUGCUGCCCUCAUGAACUGCCGGAGCCGGCAGCCAAUCAUUUGCAAUGAUGUGAUUGGCUACAUCUAGCCUUGCCUCUCUUUUUUUAAUGCUCGUUUUCUUAAUGGAACAGAUUUAUAUUUUUUACAGUUGUCUGUAAAUAAAUGUCUUUUUUCUACAUUA